GUUCCGUUGGGACAAAACUCUGGCUGUUUUGAUGCAGCCUGAGUUACCCAUCUCCCAACGCCACCAAGCCAGAGAUAGCAUAUCCCCUGGUGCUGAGGGUACAUGGGCAGAUCCCAGGGUUUCACAGCAGUCCGUUCCUGGCGUUGUGGAUGCCGGCCAAGUUUCUGAUCCCAUGGCCGCACCUCACUGCAUGGCAGUUCCCAUGGCCGAACCCUGCAGCACGGCAGUUCCCGUGGCCACACCCCGCAGCCCACCUAUGCCACUGGACCGGCCGGCCGUCGCCAUGCCUCCAGACCAGCCUGCCUCCGAAGACAUCAUUGCAGGCCCGCUUGCCUCUGAGGAUAUCGCAACCCAUUUGUUCCUGCUCAUCCCCCCCUUGUCUGUGUCUGCUGCUCCCCGUGGGCCUCCUGUUCCAUCUGUAUCUGUUGCUCCCCAUGAGCCUCCUGUUCUGUCUGUGUCUGUUGCUCCCCGUGAGCCUCCUGUUCCGUCUGUGUCCUCUGUUCCUGUGUCUGGUGCUGUCUCAUCUGUUUCUGCUCCUGUUUCUGUGUCUGUGCCUUUGGAUCCUGUUCUGCACUCUCCUCUUGUGUCUGCUCCUGUUUCUGUGUCUGUGCCCAUGGUUUCUGCUCUGCAUUCUCCUAUGUCUGCUCCUGUUUCUGUGCCUGCCCUGUUUCCUGUGCUUGUUCCGUAUUCUGUUUCUCGUGUUUCAUGUCCUGUCCCCGUCUAGU